AUGUUGCAGCAAAUACUGCGGGACAUGUAUGUGGAGCCAGAGCUGCUGGUGGAGCUGAGCGAGGAGCAGAGACAGCUCCUCUUCUACAAGAUCCGCCAGGAGCAAGUGCGGCGCUGGGCAGAGCACGAGAGUCAAGAGGAGGCCCAGGAGAGCAGGCAGCACACACGUGAGAGGAAGAACAUACAAUGGCUCCAUGGUAGUGAUGGAGACGUGUGGGUGUGGGUGAUGGGAGAGGCUCCUGGGGACAGACCUUACGAGCAGAUCAUCAGAGAGCUGAUUGAGGAGAAAGCAUGUCGGCAAGCCCAUCUAGAAGCUCAAGAGCUGUGGUGCAAGAAACAAGCAGAGCUCAAGCAGAAGUUCAGGGACGCUGUAUUUAAAGAGAAGACCCGUCUAAUAGCAGGGAAGUGGAAAGAGGAAGCUGAGGACAGGAAGGUGGCUAAACAGGAAGAGGAGCACAUUAGGGAGGAGCUUGAGAAGCGUGAGGAAGAGGAGAGGCAGAGCGGAGAGGAAGAGGUCCGACGUGCCGAGGAGAGGAGAGCGAGGGAGCUGUAUGUCUCCCUGGAGCGAGAGCGCCACGCUGCUCAACAGGACGAUGAGGAGUGGAGUGAGCAAAUGCGACGCUCUAAGGCGGCAGAUGAGGAGAUGGCGAGGCUGGCACACUGGGCAAGGGAUGAGCAUAAGAGUCAGUCUCUCCGCGCACGCCAGCAUGCUAUUGGCUGCCAGCCCCAGCGCCCGCCCGACGGCAGCAUGACACGCAGUGCCGUCACUGAGCUGCAGGCCAAGGCUCCACCCCCUCCCGGACCCUGCCCUCGCCCCGCCCUCCGGUCCACGGCUCCGCCCCUCUAUCGCCGGAGCCAGAGCCACAGGCCCAGCCCCAUGGUGAGCCAGCCCUUGAUGGACAGCCCUUCCUGGGUGCGGUUCCCCCGUCCUAAAUCGAGAGAGUCUAUCAUAGCAUGGUUCUGUGAGGACCAGAGACCCAAGCGGGCUGGCUACGAACGCAACAGCAACCACAUUGCGCCAUGGUUUCACGGUAAAGUUGCCAGGGAAGAAUCGGAGCACCAACUGGCGAACGAGGCCACGGUCUUUCUGGUGCGAGUGAGCGAGAUGAUUUGGGGUUACACGCUGUCCUAUCGCACACCCAGCGGGUUUAAGCACUUCCUUAUCGACGCCACGGGGGACUUCUACAGCUUCCUAGGAGUCGACCAGAGCUGCCACGCGUCCCUCGCCGACCUCGUCGACUUUCACAAGGUGGAAAUCAUCACCACCACAGGGAAGGAGCUGUUACAGGAGGCAUGCAGGAAGGACACACCCCCUGGAGACUAUGGAGGGCUGUUCCCGUAA